AUGCCUUGCUGCAUUGGCACGUGAGUUAGGGAUUGGAUACGUGAAUGUGUGCGUGUGAUUGCGUGAGCACAGCGAGGGAGAGAGAGAGAGAGAGAGAGAGAGGUGGAAAAAGAAUUUAGGAAUUCGUCUGCAAACUUGGAGCAACGCUGUUGCCGAAACAAUGGCCUAGGCAGCCACCGGGCUGCUCGUGUGUCCCUCCUAUCCUCGUGUGCGUCGUUAUGAGCGGCGGCCGGACGUCUCGCUACAACAAAUAAUCCGGUAAAGCAGCAAGAGUCUCAGCCGCCGUUGCCAGCAGCCGCUUCCGCUUCCACACCCACGGCUGACGCAGCUAGCGGGAGCAGGAUGGAGGCUUCAUUCGGUCCAACCUUCGCAGCCGUGGCUGCUGGAGCUAAAGCAGAAGCAUCCAGCACUUAUAAGCAACAUAGAAGAACUCCCUCCUCCUCCAGCACCUUGACCUACUCCCCUCGGGAUGAUGACGAUGGAAUGCCACCCAUUGGUACUCCUCGAAGGUCGGAUUCAGCCAUCUCAGUGCGAUCUCUGCAUUCAGAGUCCAACAUGUCCCUGCGUUCCACUUUCUCUUUGCACGAAGAGGAGGAAGACAUGGAGCCCCAGGUAUUUGCUGAACAGCCGUCAGUAAAACUGUGCUGCCAGUUGUGCUGCAAUGUUUUCAAGGACCCCGUUAUCACCACUUGUGGGCACACCUUCUGCAGACGAUGUGCCUUGACCUCAGACAAGUGUCCUGUGGAUGCAGCGAAGCUUACGGUUGUGGUCAACAACAUUGCGGUUGCGGAGCAGAUCGGCGAGCUGUUCAUUCACUGUAAAUACGGCUGCAGGGCCACCGCCAGCGGUGCGUGCGCGGGCGCCGCCUCCAACACCACUGUAGCGGGGAAACCCGGAGCGUAUGAGGUGGACCCAGUGGGCUGCCCGUUCACUAUCAAACUAUCUGCACGCAAAGAACACGAAGCCAGUUGUGACUACAGGCCUGUCCGGUGCCCCAACAACCCCUCCUGCCCCCCGCUGGUCACCAUGAACCUGGAGGCGCACCUGAAAGAAUGUGAGCACAUCAAGUGUCCCCAUUCAAAAUAUGGGUGUACUUUCAUUGGUAACCAGGACACGUAUGAAACGCACCUGGAGAUGUGUAACUUUGAAGGGCUGAAGGAGUUUCUGCAGCAGACUGAUGACAGAUUCCAUGAGAUGCAGCUGACCUUAGCUCAGAAGGACCAAGACAUUGCUUUCCUGCGCUCUAUGUUGGGCAAACUGUCUGAGAAAUUAGAUCAGCUUGAAAAAAACCUGGAGCUGAAAUUCGACAUGCUGGAUGAGAAUCAGAGUAAACUGGGCGAGGACCUCAUGGAAUUUCGCAGAGACGCCUCCAUGCUCAAUGAUGAGCUGUCCCACAUCAAUGCUCGACUCAACAUGGGAAUCCUGGGCUCGUAUGACCCUCAGCAGAUUUUCAAGUGCAAAGGCACAUUUGUUGGCCAUCAGGGACCUGUUUGGUGUCUGUGUGUCUACUCCACCGGAGACCUGCUCUUUUCUGGCUCCUCAGACAAGACCAUCAAGGUAUGGGACACGUGCACCACCUACAAAUGUCAGAAGACCCUCGAAGGCCACGACGGCAUCGUGCUGGCACUCUGCAUCCAGGGAAACCGCCUCUACAGUGGCUCUGCAGACUGCACCAUCAUCGUGUGGGACAUCCAGACCCUGCAGAAAGUCAACACCAUUCGCGCCCAUGACAACCCCGUUUGUACGCUGGUCUCCUCCCACAACAUGUUGUUCAGCGGCUCCCUCAAGGCCAUUAAGGUGUGGGACAUCGUGGGGACAGAGUUGAAGCUGAAGAAGGAGUUGACUGGGCUGAAUCACUGGGUCAGAGCACUGGUGGCCUCCCAGAACCACCUGUACAGUGGAUCAUAUCAGACCAUCAAGAUUUGGGACAUCCGCUCUCUGGAGUGUGUCCACGUCUUGCAGACUAGCGGCGGCAGUGUCUACUCCAUCGCUGUCACCAAUCACCACAUAGUGUGCGGCACCUAUGAAAACCUGAUUCACGUGUGGGACAUUGAGUCCAAGGAGCAGGUGCGGACCCUGACGGGUCACGUGGGGACAGUUUAUGCGCUUGCCGUCAUCUCGACGCCUGACCAGACCAAAGUGUUCAGUGCCUCCUAUGACCGUUCACUAAGGGUGUGGAGCAUGGACAACAUGAUCUGCACCCAGACCCUGCUCAGACAUCAGGGCAGUGUCACAGCUCUGGCUGUGUCCCGAGGUCGCCUCUUCUCUGGAGCGGUGGACAGCACCGUGAAGGUGUGGACAUGCUAAACAGAGAAGCAACUCUUCGGAGAUCUCGACGUGUUUGACUGUGUCGGACAGACAUCCCAAAUGCCAACAUUUGCUUCUGUUGUUUUUUUUUUGUUGGUUUUUUUCCACUUCACAGCCACAGUCCGAUAAGUAUUUGCUGAAAAGAGCUCCUCCAAUCUUUGGACCCUUCAAGGUCAUCAGGACCAAGUGUUGAACUCAAGGUCCUCAGCGAUCUCAUCACGUUGUGCAUUACGGCAAGCUGUCAUACGGUUGACUGAUUGGAUGUUUUGUGCCUGUAAAUGCAUCAGGAAGCACGGCGGGAUUUGUGUGACCGCACCGUUCCUGCUACAUCGUAGGAGAACUCCUAAGGGCUGGUUUCACAAACAUGCUUUUUACAUUCAUGUCAUAUACAGCCUCCUGAAUUUCCGGUUUACAGUAUUUUGUAAAAUGAUAUCACACUUCAGGGAGACUGAAAAAUAAAAAACAGAAUCAUCAUUUCCCCUCCGCAACUCAGCUUUGUGAAACCAGCCUUUGUAAGAGUAAAGUUGAAUAGGAUAGAUGCUAAGUGGCUGAGUGAUAAGCCACUUAAGUGCAGAGUAACACAAGACGCAUGCAUAUAUAUGUGUGUGUAUACAUAUAUACACAUAUAUAGGUGUAUAUAUAUAUAUAUAUAUAUAUACAUAUAUAUAUGUGUGUGUGUGUGUUUUAAUGAGUGCCAUAUGUAAGGGGUUCAAGGAUGAGCUACUCUGAUUGUUUAACUUCAUGUGGCAACAAUGAGUGUAAGACAUUAACAGGAAUCAUGAGCUUUGUGUGUGAGCGCGUGCGCGUGCGUGUUAACAGUCAGCAGGAAGUGAUGGCAGACUAAUAAACUCCCAGCAGCCAAUGCGGAUAAAGUGCCACCGGGCGAAUGCGAUGUGCAAGCACCCAUAUUGGGUUAAAUAUAAGCCUGUAGUCAUAGCAACAUGUCGACCCACAUCACAUUUGUAAGUAGGGUGCACCCACAGAACGUAUACUUAAAAUGUGAGAGUUUCACAGAUGUUCCAAAGUAUUUUGCUUUUAUGUUAUAGUGCACAUCUGGCCACUACUAGAAAUUUCUUGUAUACGUGUAAUUAUGUAAGCUCCAGUUGAUCAUCAAUCAAUAAAACUUGUACACUUUGACAA